AUGGAAAUUCUUAACGGUUCUCGUGGAUGGGAAUCCCUGAAAAUCAAGGUGUUUCCCAACUUGACACUAAGCCGGAUCGGGCCCGAAAAUAUCCUCCGACCAGAAAUUCUUCGACGGGCAAACGACGAAAUUAUCAUUUUGUUGAACACGGCCAUUCACGCCCUUGGACCUUCAUUCCUAAUCUGCCAUCUAUCGGGCAGCCGAGGCUGGAACAGCUAUUCUCAUAUUUUGAGUAGUUCUCUGAAGAAAUUGGGAUGGUAUGUUGAAUUCUUCUUACAACUUCACCCUGUCUUCCCCUCACAGCCAGACCCACAAGUUACUAACAAUUAUGGCUACCUCCAGGCACACCGGAUUGUAACCCAGAUAGUCCUCACGGGCGGUCGGGUCUUUGGAAGAGCCUUUGCGGAAGCAUAUAAGCAAGCCUCGGCCGCGUCGAAAUAUGCAGCCCAGGCGCAAAACGGCAACGGAACCGCGGCCAACAACUUCGCCUCCUCGGGUCUUACGCUCGAUGAAGCCUGCAAGAUCCUGAAUGUGAAGCCUCCAAUGGGCCGCGAGGCAAACAUGGAACACACAAUGGAACGUUUCAAGAAGCUGUUUGACGCAAAUGAUCCGAAGAAGGGAGGGAGCUUUUACCUACAGAGCAAAAUCCUACGGGCCCGCGAGCGGAUCGAGAUGGAGGUGCGAGAUGCCGAGCGCAAGGCUGCCAUGGAGAAAGAAGUGAAAGAAGGGUGGAAACCCAAGGUGUAUAAGGAUCGGUGACCUUUGGCACAACCACACCUCCUCGCCCGCCUCGUUAGUUUCGACAUGACGGGGAAUAAUGCUAGGCUGUCUAGCUCUCCGAUGUACGCCUCGCCAGAUCAAGCGACCUGCUUGGG